AGUUAGUAAGUGAAAUCGAAACGUGAUGCUCAUGAUGAAGUUCAGCGCGGUCGUUUUGAUGCUGGUUGGACUGGCGUUGGCCGGUGCAAAGGCCGAUGAAGUGUCGGACGCGAAGCAGAUGUUGCGCGGUUUAACGGCCGAGUGUAAAACCAAGGAAGGGGCCAGCGACACCGAUGUGGAUGGUUUCGUGAACGAUGAAGCGCCGGAAACGCGCACCCAGAAGUGUCUGGUCGCCUGCAUGCAGGAGCAGUUCGGAGUGUCCGACGGGAAGGCAUUCCAGACGGACGGCUUCAUGGAACUGUCGAAGGUGUUUAUGAAGGGCGACGAGGCGAAGGUGGAACUUGCCAAGGAGAUUGCUGUCGACUGUAAAGAUGUAACCAACGAGGAUCGCUGUGAGCUGGCGGUGUCGAUCAUGAAUUGCCUUAAGGAUUCGGCCGAGAAGCAUGGUAUCUCCUUGAAGCAUUAGCACCUUGGUAUCUUUAUGCCCUCAAUGCUCGCAUUUCGUUCCCUAAAAAUAGUAUACACUUCCCAAUAAACCUCAGGCUAGUUAUGGCUUUGUGACCAGUGCCUU